CCUCAAGGCUGCUGAAGAAUUCUCUGCUCCCACUUUGUGCCUGCCUAGCUGUCCAGACAGAACAGCUACCCUCAGCUUCAGCCCUUGUGCAGAUUCUACAAACGGAUUUAGAAGUAUGACAGUGACAACUCGUUUGACGUGGGUGCAAGAGAAGAGUCUGCAGAAUCACUUUGGAGGAAAGCAGUUUAGUCUUCUCUAUAAAGCUAGUGACCAUGAAUUCUCUCCUCAAGUUUUGCUCCAGAUAUGCUCUGACCAAGGACCUACUGUGACAGUGAUUUAUAGUGGAGAUCAUGUCAUUGGGGCAUUUAUGCAGAAGAGUUACCAGGCAGAAAACGAAGUUUCCAUUAAGCUUUUUGCCUUUCAAGAGACUGAAAUUUUGGAAUGUGAAAUAAGACCAUGCACACCAUCUAUGUUGUUUCCUGUAGGAAAAGCAAAGCCAUGGCAAAGGAAUUCUGAAUUCAACAUAGAUCUACAGGAAAAAUAUAUGUAUAUACACUCAAAUACAAGUAAAAAACUUGGAUUACCUCAAUGCGAUAGUAUUUCCUUCAAGGAAUGUGAAGUGUUUCGAUGUGAAGAUGUAUUGGACAAAAGGACAAUGGAAGGGGUCACUGAGCUCAGGGAGAGCUUAUUGUCUUGCAUCAGAACUUACAAACCAUAUGGAGACCUGGUUCCCCAAAUACGAAUUCUUCUGUUGGGUCCAAUUGGAGCUGGAAAGUCUAGCUUUUCCAACUCAGUCAAAUCUGUUUUCCAAGGCCGUGUAAUGCACCAGGCUUUGGUGGGCUCUGAUACAACUGGGAUAUCUGAGAAGUACAGGACAUAUUCCGUUAAGGAUAAGCAGGAUGGCAACUCCUUGCCAUUUAUUCUGUGUGACUCCAUGGGGCUGGGUGAGGAAGAAGAAGGGCUUUGCAUGGAUGACAUACCCUACAUCUUAAAAGGCCACAUUUCUGACAGAUACCAGUUUAAUCCCAUGAAACCAAUCACAUCAGGUCAUUGUAACUAUAUUGACUCCCCAUUGCUGAAGGACAGAAUUCAUUGUGUGGCAUUUGUGUUCGACGCCAACUCUAUUGAACACCUCUCUCAUGAGAUGGUGUCAACGAUCAGAAGAGUUCGAAGGAAGUUGAUAAAGUAUGGUAUGGUACAUUUGGUUUUGCUCACUCAUGUGGAUAGCAUGGAUCUGAUUACAAAAGAUGACUUUAUAGACAUAUACAGAUGUCUGCCUGUGAAGUCCAAGGUAGAGGCAGUUCACAAAGAACUUGGAUUUGCUCUUUCUGACAUUUUGGUGGUUAGUAAUUACACCUGUGAGUGGGAGCUGGACCCUCUAAAGGACGUUCUGAUCCUCUCUGCACUGAGACAUAUGCUGUGGGCUGCAGAUGACUUCUUAGAGGAUUUGCCUCUUGAGGACACAAGGUAGAUACCUUUGGUGGUGUAGAAACUUGAAGAUGUCAGCUACAUGACUACUUCCUGCUUGAAUCUUUUGGGUACCGGGCAGUUCUCAGUCUCUGCGGGUUGCUGCCAUGUGAGUAAUCCUGCCCUUUAAGCCACUGGCUGGAUGUAUUUUUUUUCCUUACAUUUCCUGAUUCUUUACCCCUAGGGUAGAUUCUAGAGGAUCUGCACUACUUCUCUUCCCUCUUAUCUUGUAUUAAAAUGAAACUUUUGAAAUGAUCCACUUCUGCCAUUCCUUCUGUCUGAACAUCCCAAGCUGUAUCCUUGCCCUCUUCUCUUAAAAUGUACUUCUUUGCUUGGGACCCAGAACUGGAUUGGAUCAACAUUGCUCCUGAUCAGAUGUGACCUUUGAUUAUUUGCCCCUCCUUGGGACCUCAUACUUCUGCCUUUUUUGAUUUGACUGUUUUGACACCUCUCCCUCCUCAGACUCCCUCUUAAUGCAGUGUGGGAAGCUCUCAUACUACUAAUUUUGCUUUCUUGGCUCUGCCAUCUUGGUUUCUCCAUUUCUUCUCGUCCUCAUGGUACAUGCACUCCCAAAGUCAGGGUUGGCCUAGACCUCCAUAGCCCAAUGUUCCUCUUCCCUCUGGCUGCUUUCCCUAAAUAAUCCAUUAAGAAUAUUUUGUUAACCUUUUCUCAGGGGUAAUUCAUUUCUUAGAAAAAGAAUUAUCAAAUGUGCAAAAGAACAUAAUAAAUAUAUGAACCCUUUGUAUAUUUAUAAUUUUUAUCUCAUCAUAGAAGAGUGAAGUUGAGAAAUGAGAGAACAUAGGAAAAAAAUUAGCUAAAACUGAAGGGGAUAUUUUCUUUUCGUCUGAGAUGAAGAUGCACAUACAAAAUUGUAAUACC